CCCUUCAGCCCACCACUGCACUGUGGGAGCUGCUUUCUGGGCUGGCCAAGGCUGGAGCCCACUCCCUCAGCUUGCAGGGAGGUGUGGAGGGAGAGGCGCGAGCAGGAACCGGGGCUGCGUGCGGCGCUUGCCGGCCAGCUGGAGUUCUGGGUGGGCGUGGGCUUGGCGGGCCCCGCACUCAGAACAGCCGGCCAGCCCUGCUGGCCCCGGGUAAUGAGGGACUUAGCACCCGGGCCAGUGGCUGCGGAGGGUGUACUGGGUCCCCCAGCAGUGCCAGCCCACCGGCGCUGCGCUCGAUUUCUCACCGAGCCUUAGCUGCCUUCCUGCGGGGCAGGGCUCGGGACCUGCAGCCCGCCAUGCCUGAGUCUCCCACCCACUCCAUGGGCUCCUGUGCUGCCCAAGCCUCCCCGACGAGCACCACCCCCUGCUCCACAGCGCCCAGUCCCAUCUACCACCCAAGGGCCGAGGAAUGCGAGUGCACGGCUCAGUACUGGCAGGCAGCUCCACCUGCAGCCCUGGUGCAGGAUCCACUCGGUGAAGCCAGCUGGGCUCCUGAGUCUGGUGGGGACGUGGAGAGUCUUUAUGUCUAGCUCAGGGAUUGUAAACACACCAAUCAGCACCCUGUGUUUAGCUCAAGGUUUGUGAGUGCACCAAUCGACACUCUGUA